AAAUACCAAGAGUCCGUAACCAUAAACCUUGCCCUUAAACCCCUCGACUCUGAAAGAGUCAUCGCGGCAAAACCAUGGUGAAGGCCUACCUCCGAUUCGAGCCGGCGGCGUCGUUUGGAGUGAUAGCCUCGGUGGAUUCCAACAUAUCAUACGAUAGCUCCGGCAAGCACCUCCUCUCUCCGGCACUCGAGAAGAUCGGCGUCUGGAAUGUGCGGCAGGGCCUCUGCACCAAAACCCUAACACCUUCUACUGCGUCGCGCGGCCCUUCCCUCGCCGUCACCUCCAUUGCCUCCUCCCCUUCCUCAUUGAUUGCUGGUGGUUACGGGGAUGGUAGCAUACGGAUUUGGGACUCUGAUAAAGGAACGUGUGAGACUACGCUAAAUGGACACAAGGGAGCUGUCACCGCUCUUCGUUACAACAAGGCUGGUUCCUUGCUCGCCUCUGGUAGCAAGGAUAAUGAUGUUAUUUUAUGGGACGUGGUUGGUGAGACUGGGCUCUUUCGCCUUCGUGGUCAUCGUGACCAGGUGACUGAUGUCGUUUUCUUGAAUUCUGGGAAAAAACUUGUGAGUUCCUCCAAAGACAAGUUCUUGAGAGUGUGGGAUCUUGAUACCCAGCACUGUAUGCAAAUUGUGGGUGGACAUCAUAGUGAAAUAUGGUCCCUGGAUGUUGAUCUGGAUGAAAGGUAUCUGGUCACUGGUUCUGCAGAUAGUGAACUUCAUUUUUAUGAAAUCAGACACGAGUCUGUGGAUGGGAACUCUGUAAAUGGUGAUGAAGAAUCCUCCAUUCAAAACAAAUGGGAAGUGUUGAGGCAUUUUGGUGAAAUUCAGCGACAAAGUAAGGAUAGGGUUGCAACUGUGCAGUUCAACAAGUCAGGAAAUCUGCUAGCAUGCCAAGUUGCUGGAAAGACUGUAGAAAUAUAUCGUGUAUUGGAUGAUGCUGAAGCAAAGCGCAAGGCAAAACGAAGGGUUCACCGCAAGAAAGAGAAGAAACAUAGUAAAGAGACUUUGGGCGGAGUAGAAAAUGGAGAUGAGAAUAAUGCUAACAAAGGAGAUAAUUCUUCUGUCACUCAUGUGCCCACAGAAACAACUAACCCUGCAGUUACUGUGCCUGAUGUUUUCAAGCUGUUGCAUACUAUUAGAGCUAACAAAAAGAUAUGCUCCAUUUCUUUCUGUCCAAUCACUCCAAAAAGUUCGAUGGCUAGUUUGGCAUUGUCUCUGAACAAUAAUCUUCUUGAGUUUUACACCAUUGAACUUGGUGAAACCAGAAAAACGCUUGCUAUUGAUCUUCAGGGGCAUCGUUCUGAUGUUAGAAGUGUCACGCUUAGUUCAGACAACACUUUUCUGUUGUCAACCAGUCACAAUGCAGUAAAGAUUUGGAACCCAAUUACUGGUUCUUGCCUAAGAACCAUUGAUUCUGGGUAUGGACUGUGCAGUUUAAUUCUUCCCACUAACAAGUAUGGGCUUGUUGGAACUAAAGAUGGAACCAUAGAAAUUAUUGACAUUGGAAGUGGCACUUGUGUUGAAGUAAUGGAAGCUCAUGGUGGUUCUGUUCGCUCAAUUGCUGCCCUACCUCAUAAAAAUGGUUUUGUCACUGGAAGUGCCGAUCAUGAUGUAAAAUUUUGGGAGUACCAAUUGAAGCAAAAGCCUGGUCAAGCUACUAAGCAACUCGUAGUGUCAAAUGUCAGUACCAUGAAAAUGAAUGAUGACGCUCUUGUUGUUGCAAUUAGUCCUGAUGCUAAAUAUAUUGCUGUUGCUCUAUUGGAUAGUACUGUGAAGGUUCACUUUGCAGACACGUUCAAAUUUUUCCUUUCAUUAUAUGGCCACAAGCUUCCUGUUCUGUGUAUGGAUAUCUCAUCAGAUGGAGAUUUAAUUGUGACUGGCUCUGCAGAUAAAAAUUUAAAGAUCUGGGGUUUAGACUUUGGUGACUGUCAUAAAUCCAUUUUUGCACAUGCUGACAGUGUCAUGGCAGUGCAAUUUGUUCCCAAGACACAUUAUGUGUUCAGUGUUGGAAAAGAUCGCCUAGUAAAAUAUUGGGAUGCUGAUAAAUUUGAGCUGCUCUUGACUCUAGAAGGACAUCAUGCUGAUAUUUGGUGUCUUGCAGUCAGUAAUCGUGGGGAUUUCAUUGUCACUGGGUCUCAUGAUCGUUCUAUCCGACGCUGGGAUCGCACUGAAGAGCAGUUUUUCAUUGAGGAAGAAAAGGAGAAAAGGUUGGAGGAAAUGUUUGAGGCUGAUCUCGACAAUGCAUUUGAAAACAAGUAUGCAUCAAAGGAAGAAAUACCGGAGGAGGGAGCUGUGGCUUUAGCUGGGAAACAAACCCAGGAAACCCUUACCGCAACUGACUUGGUUAUUGAAAGAUUAGACAUCGCAGAAGCUGAAAAAAAGCGCAUUGCAGAACAUCAGGUGGAGAAAAAUAAUAAUAAUAAUGUUGCUGUUUUCCAAUCAAAUCCGCUUAUGAACGGGCUUUCACCUUCUGAUUAUGUUUUAAGUGCAUUUUCAAAGGUUCACACCAAUGAUUUGGAGCAAACAUUACUGGCUUUACCAUUUUCAGAUGCUUUGAAGCUUCUCUCGUACUUGAAAGACUGGACUUCAUAUUCUGAUAAGGUUGAGCUUGUUUGCAGAGUAGGUACGCUGCUGCUGCAGACACAUUACAACCAGCUUCUUGCCACACCAGCUGCCCGACCUAUCUUGACUGUUUUCAGUGACAUAUUUUAUGAAAGGGUCAAGGGAUGGAAGGAUAUCUUUGGUUUUAACCUCGCAGCCAUGGAUCAUAUUCAGCAAUUGAUGGCAUCUAGAUCAGAUGCUCUUUUUCAUGAUGCAAGAUCAAAACUGGUAGAGAUACGUGCUCGACAAUCUAAACGUUUAGAAGAAAGGUCACACACUGGAGAAGUGAAGCGAAAGAAGAAAAAGACAUAAAGUAUCGUGUAUGUUGGACAUGGUUAUGUGCUGGAAUAUGUUAAUGACAUGAGUAUUUCAAUCACGGUGGAAAAAUUGAUGAAACAUUGCAGAUUCAGAGCUUAUUUUUUGUAAUAUAGCAUACAUGUUGAAGAAAAGAAGAUGUUGAGUACAGGUUCGAUCACCAGAAAAGCGUAUGACCUUGUCAACACGGUUCAGUUUUAAUCAGCGGCUUAUAUCUUGAUGUCAAGAUGUCAUCAUCAUUUUAAAGAGUUAGUUUUUCACAGCAUACUUUUACUGAUUUGGGUACCUCAGAAAAGGUCGACAUUUCCAUGUAAUAUGUGUGAACAUUAUAAAUUUUGCCUGAAUUUAAUUUAAUUCAUUAUACACCUUUUUCUGAUACCCUUUAUGUACCAUGUUAGGGAGUAAACUUUUCCCCGUUAACUUAAGUGCAUCGCCUGUUAAGUCGAUAAAUAGGCACUUGUGUCUAUAUAUUGUGACUUGGAAAAUAAAGAGCUUAACUUUUGUUGAAUGUAAUAUUUUAUGUGA